AUGUCCAGCCAAGAUAUCUCGGUGAGCCUGCUGACCCUUCUCGUCACCGCCUGUGGCCUCGCUCUCUUUGGUGUGUCUCUCUUCGUGUCUUGGAAACUCUGCUGGGUUCCGUGGCGAGAACGAGGCCUGUUCUCUGGGAGCAAAGACAACAACCAGGAGCCUCUUAACUAUACGGACACAGACAUCAAUGAGCAGGAGAACAGUGAGGGCUUCCUAGACCCUCCCAGCCCCUCCUCCAUGAAGAUCAGCCACACCUCCCCGGACAUCCCCCUCUCCACCCAGACGGGGGUCCAGGAGAACUGUGCCCACGGCGUCCGCGUGAAGCGCCAAGUCACAGAGCCAACCUCUUCGACUCGGCAUAAUUCAAUCCGAGGACAACUCAACCUGUCGAACCCGGACUUCAAUAUCCAGCAACUGCAAAAACAAGAACAGCUGGCCGGGAUCGGCCGCAUUAAACCAGAGUUAUACAAGCAGAGGUCACUGGACAGCGAUGAUGGGAGAAGGAGUAACAGCAAAGCCUGUGGGAAACUGAACUUUAUUUUAAAAUAUGACUGUGACCUAGAGCAGCUCAUAGUGAAGAUUCACAAAGCCGUCAAUUUGCCCGCCAAGGACUUUUCUGGGACCUCAGAUCCUUACGUCAAGAUCUAUUUGCUUCCGGAUCGGAAAACAAAACACCAGACCAAAGUUCACAGGAAGACCCUGAACCCUGUGUUUGACGAAGUGUUUCUGUUUCCGGUUCCCUACAACGACCUUGAGGCCCGGAAACUGCACUUCUCUGUGUAUGACUUUGACAGGUUCUCCCGCCACGACUUAAUCGGCCAGGUGGUGGUAGACCACUUCUUAGACUUGGCUGAUUUCCCCAGGGAGUGCAUCCUUUGGAAGGACAUCGAAUAUGUCACCAACGACAAUGUGGAUCUUGGCGAGCUGAUGUUUUCCCUCUGCUACCUUCCCACGGCUGGCAGGCUGACCAUCACUGUUAUAAAAGCAAGGAAUUUAAAGGCGAUGGACAUAACAGGAGCAUCAGAUCCCUACGUGAAAGUCUCCAUGAUGUGCGACGGCAGGCGGCUGAAGAAGAGGAAAACGUCCACCAAGAGGAACACCCUGAAUCCUGUUUACAACGAAGCCAUAGUCUUUGACGUCCCCCCCGAGAGCAUUGACCAAAUCCACUUGUCCAUAGCGGUCAUGGACUACGACCGUAUAGGUCACAAUGAGAUCAUCGGCGUGUGUCAAGUAGGCAACACAGCUGAGAGGCUGGGCAGAGACCACUGGAGUGAAAUGUUGUCCUACCCUCGGAAGCCCAUCGCACACUGGCAUUCCCUGGUGGAGAAACGAUGACUGUGGGUAAGAGAACUGCUUUGCCAAGGACACAGUAGGACAACCAUCUCACAAAGAUCUUAAGUAACAUUCCCUAUCCAACAACGCCCGGACAACUCCAGUGACCAAAUGCUCAGCUGUAACCACAGUGGUAACUGGCCUUCUUUCCAGACUGGGUUUGGUGAACAUGAAUGGUCCAGUUGUCUUCAGAUGGUCUAACGUGGUGUGCUGUCGGGGCAGCACGUCUCUCACAGUCAAGAACCAGGAUUGGACCACGGAGGAAACCAGCUGAUACAGUGAGAGGACUGAGAGGACCAGGACUCUCAGUGAUGGCACAGCAUCUGCCCUGGCAACGUCAUACUGACAUGAUGCUAUUUGUUUGAAUGCCCUGGAAGGACAGAAUAUUUUAAAAUAUAUCCAGGUGCUAACUAGGCAGCAGGUUUAAUUCAUCUUUGAGCUAAUAGCUGUCUCCAGAAAAUAUUUUACCCCAAAAGUGUUCCAGCUUUGCCAGGAAUAGCUCCAGGAAUGGAGUAGGAUAAGCACGCUGUUCCCCUGGAGAAAAUCUAGUGCCAGGAGGGCUAGCUCACAGCAAACCCACUGCCCUCUCCCAUACACAUGGCAGCGAGUACCAGUUGAUCGUGACCCUCUCAUCUGCUAAACCCAGGUUCUGAGGAGUCAGAAUCCACAGCACUGUCUUCUGGGUAGCCAGCAGCCACUUCUUUCCAACCAGUGUUGGCAUUAGAAUGAAAGUUACCAUCCCUGUUAGCGGUGUAAGAUGGUUACAUCCAUCUCAGUGGUGUAAGCACUGAGUACCCUUUCCCAGACUCAUUUGUCCACGGAGGGAACAGCCUCAAAAAUGGAUGUGCCGUUGUGAGAGCUGAGUUCAUGGAGAGAGAGUACAGCAAUCCCACAAGUGGAGGCACAACUUUUGGGCCUUCUUGGCCUGCGUGCCUUCUGGGGUAAUUCCACAUGCAGCAGCCCAGAGGGUAGCCUUGGGUAGCUACAAACAGGUUUCCUUUUCACUUCCAGACACAUAGAUCACUCUCAUAGCACUUGGGGAAUGGAAAUACCCACAAGAGUGAAGGACAAGGGCUCUCCCCAGUAUCUCAUUCAUUACUCAGCUUCCUUUGUGACCAUAUCAGCCAACUCACUGCCAACUGUGUUCCUCAUCCUCAUUGCUUCUGCUGUCAUAUAAAUGAAGCCAAAGGCCUCAGCAUACCCCGGGCGGGGAAGUCCUCUCUCCCAUGAUGGGUGCAAGUACCACACCCACACAUUUUCACCACUUCUGCAAGAUAACAUUUCCCUUUUCAUGCGAUCCCUUUGCAGCAGAAUCCAGAGUUAGAUUAUAGUUUACCUUCCUGGGAAGCUCAUUAUCUUCAUUUGAAUGAUCAUUUCAGGAGGACUAACUGGGUGGAAACAGGAUCAUUGUGUGUCUUCAGAAAGUUUUGUGUUGCCACAGCUGCCUGGUAUAGGAAAUACCCUGAUGUCAGAUCUAAAAGGAUGGAGGCCUUUGGUUGUGUGGGGCACUAUUGCUGUGCCCAGCUUCACGUGCUCCCCAGCCUGCCUGAUUCAUUUCCAUCUCAUUGGCUUUCAUCCUCCAGGAUUGAAGGGGGACCCAAGUUUCUGCCUAUGUCUGACGACAUGAGAAGAAUGCUACUUUCUUUGCCCAACUCGUUCUGCCUAGUUCUCCCUAUUCAGACAUUCUUCACCAUUUCAGUGUUAGGAGCAAAGCAUGAAACACUCAUACCAGCAGAAAUAUGAUCACCAGAGUCAGGCAGAUAAGCCCAGAAGAAUGGUCCCAGAUAAACCAGAUUGUCCCAAAUAAGUAUCAGGCAGCCCUCCCAAUAAAUUUUGAUAUGUCCUUGGCACUGGGAGCCUGGACAGGAGAUCCUGGGGCGGCUGUGUCUGUUAUUCCCCCAUCAAGAUCUUCCUGCCCAAAGAGCUAGCAGCCCUGGGGUACUAAUGAGUAUGCUACUGGUUUGUUGGUAUGAAACAGAAGGUGGUUUUAAAGAGGCCAGAAGGCAAAGAGGCCUGCCCACAUGGCAGGCAGGUGGCUUUGUGUCUGGAAAGCUUUGCCUAGCCAGUCCAGCUGUGGCCAGAGGACCGUUAUACAUUUGAACUCCCUCAGCCGAUCUGCAACUCUACUUUUGUUCUCUUGCAUUCUGUUUGGUUUCCCUUUAGUUUCCUAGUAAAUGUUCCUUUUGAAAAAUUCCAA